CCCACGUUGUCCAAAUGCUGCUGAUACGAAGAUUACCUUCAAUGGCGAGUUCACUCGUGACAACUGCUUUCCCAGGGCGAGGCAGACCUCCUUGUGUUCAUCAUACUCAAGCUGAACUCGUAUAUCUAAAGUCACUAUCUCUUUACCCUAAACCUGGUUGCCUCUCCUUAUGUUCCACUUCCACCUCAGACUCACAAACAUCCUCCGAAUUCUCAGACUUAAUCGCCGAACAAUCGUCAAAACGCAGCCCUCUCGAACCUGGAUUGUAUCUAGUAGCAACACCAAUCGGAAACCUUGAAGAUAUCACCUUACGAGCUCUCCGUGUCUUAAAGUCGGCUAACGUGAUACUUUCAGAAGACACGAGGCAUUCUGGAAAGUUGCUUCAGUAUUACAAUAUCAAAACUCCCCUUCUCAGUUAUCACAAGUUUAACGAGUCACAAAGAGAACAAACAGUGUUGAAAAGGUUGAAACAGGGUGAAAUUGUGGCGCUGAUCAGUGAUGCGGGGACACCUGGCAUUAGUGAUCCUGGUACGGAAUUGGCAAAGUUAUGUGUGGAUCAGAAUAUUCCUGUUGUUCCUAUUCCUGGGCCUUCUGCAUUUGUAGCUGCUCUUUCUGCCUCAGGCUUGGCCACCAAUGAGUUUACUUUUGUUGGAUUUCUUCCUAAACAUGCUGGAUCACGGAGAGAGAGACUUACCGUUUCUGCCAGUGAAGUGAAAACCCAAAUAUUUUAUGUUCCUCCUCACAAGCUUUGUCAAUUUCUUGAAGAAACUUCCUCACUUUUUGGUGACUCAAGACGGUGUGUCAUAGCUCGGGAAAUAACAAAGAUGCAUGAAGAGUUUUGGCGGGGUACUUUGGGGGAAGCCAAACAAGCGUUCUCAACUCACCAACCCAAAGGAGAAAUUACACUCUUAGUUGAAGGCAAGGCAAUUUGUGUGGUUGAAACUCCAUCAGAGGAUCAGCUUGAGAAUGAGUUGAGAGAAUUGAUCUCCUGUGGGCACACUCUUUCUACGGCUGUCAAAAUGGUAGCUGAAGGAACAUCAGUGAGGAGGAAAACUGUAUAUUCUCUGGCAUUGAAGAAAUUUGGGAAGCAACUUGAGGCAGGGAUGAUUCAAAUAAAUGCUAAUCAUCCAACUGAUUGAACAGGAAAAACCAUGCUAAGCUAUUGUUUUCUCUCCUAGCAAGUUGCACGUUCGCGUCAAUGAGUCCCACUCUCAUAGCAGAAGCCUACACAAAAGUCGCUGAUUCAUGAUGUGAAGUCAAGGGACAAAAAACUUUAAACACAGUCACUCCCGAUUGUUGGGUUUUUCUUUUUCGAUUGACAUGAAACUUGGUUUAUAUGCAAAUUUGUUUUAUUGACCAAAGAUGGGCCUAUCUAGCUAAUAUCCCUACACAUCUGACAUACGAGUUGAUUGGGUUAUUCCUUUGGCCAAUGACUCGUGUCUUGAUUGGGAGGCAACACAGAUUUAAUGUACUAUGCACGUUUAAGAACUGUCAACUGAUUUAAAGUUUUAUGUAUAUAUGCAAGAGCUCACCUUUUUUUCCUUGCAA